CCGCCUUCGGGAAGGAUUUGAAGCGACAAAGCCGAGAUAGAAGCCUUAGCCUUAUGGCUGCCAAUUAUUAACAAAAAAAAAUUUCCUGCUGUUGUUCAGAAUUUGGGACGAUUAUUUUUCAUUCAAGCUGGUACCUUAAUUGUCUUCAAGGUUAGGUUACGUUCAAGCAGAACUCUAGGCACUUGCUACACUAAAUGAAAAUGGUUCCUACCCUCGAACACGGUAGGAUGCGUCACAUUAGCGAUAUGAAUACAGUGCUAAAACGGAGUGAUGCUGUUGAAUUCUAACUCGCAUGAAUUGGGGAGGCUUGGCAGACAAGGUGCACAUUAAAGAUCCACAACCAUGACUGACUCCAAGUACUUCACAACCAAUAAAAAAGGAGAAAUCUUUGAGUUAAAGGCUGAACUCAACAAUGAAAAGAAAGAAAAGAGGAAGGAGGCUGUGAAGAAAGUGAUUGCUGCUAUGACUGUGGGGAAAGAUGUUAGCUGUCUCUUUCCAGAUGCAGUGAAUUGUAUGCAGACUGACAACCUGGAACUAAAGAAGCUCGUGUAUCUCUACUUGAUGAACUAUGCCAAGAGUCAGCCAGACAUGGCCAUCAUGGCUGUCAACAGCUUUGUGAAGGUGGUGGCUAAUGCUGUAGCAGCAUUAUCUGAAAUCAGUGAAUCUCACCCAAACAGCAACUUACUCGAUCUGAAUCCACAGAACAUUAAUAAGCUACUGACAGCCCUGAAUGAGUGUACCGAACGGGGCCAGAUUUUCAUCCUGGAUUGCCUGUCUAAUUACAACCCUAAAGAUGACCGGGAGGCUCAGAGUAUCUGUGAGCGGGUAACUCCUUGGCUAUCUCACGCCAACUCAGCAGUGGUGCUUUCAGCAGUUAAAGUCUUAAUGAAAUUUCUAGAGUUGUUACCCAAGGACUCUGACUACUACAAUAUGCUGCUGAAGAAGUUGGCCCCUCCACUUGUCACAUUGCUGUCUGGGGAGCCAGAGGUGCAGUACGUCGCCCUGAGGAACAUCAACCUAAUCGUCCAGAAAAGGCCUGAAAUCUUGAAGCAGGAGAUCAAAGUUUUCUUUGUGAAGUACAAUGAUCCCAUCUAUGUGAAACUAGAGAAAUUGGACAUCAUGAUCCGUUUGGCAUCCCAAGCCAACAUUGCUCAGGUUCUGGCAGAACUGAAGGAAUAUGCCACAGAGGUGGAUGUCGACUUUGUGCGCAGAGCUGUGCGGGCCAUUGGACGGUGUGCCAUCAAGGUGGAGCAAUCUGCAGAGCGCUGUGUAAGCACAUUGCGUCUCAUCCAAACCAAAGUAAAUAAUGUGGUCCAAGAGGCGAUUGAUAUCUUCCGCAAAUACCCCAACAAAUAUGAAAGUAUCAUUGCCACUUUGUGUGAGAACUUAGACUCACUGGAUGAGCCAGACACUCCAGCAGCUAUGAGUUGGAUUGUGGGAGAAUAUGCUGAAAGAAUUGACAAUGCAGAUGAGUUACUAGAGAGCUUCCUGGAAGGUUUUCAUGAUGAAAGCACCCAGGUACAGCUCACUCUGCUUACUGCCAUAGUGAAGCUGUUUCUCAGGAAACCAUCAGAAACGCAGGAGCUGGUACAGCAGGUCUUGAGUUUGGCAACACAGGAUUCUGAUAAUCCUGACCUUCGAGACCAGGGCUCUAUUUAUUGGCGCCUUCUCUCAACUGAUCCUGUCACAGCCAAAGAAGUAGUCUUGUCUGAGAAGCCACUGAUCUCUGAGGAGACAGCUCUUAUUGAGCCAACUCUGUUGGAUGAGCUCAUCUGCCACAUUGGUUAUUUGGCCGCAGUGUACCAUAAGCCGCCCAAUGCUUUUGUGGAAGGAAGUCAUGGAAUCCAUCGCAAACACUUGCCAGUACAUCAUGGGAGCACUGAUGCGGGUGACAGCCCUGUUGGCACCACCACUGCCACCAACCUGGAACAGCCUCAGGUUAUCCCCUCUCAAGGUGACCUUCUGGGGUAUCUUUUAAACCUUGACCUUGGUCCCCCAGUCAAUGUGCCACAGGUAUCCUCCAUGCAGAUGGGAGCAGUGGAUCUCUUGGGAGGAGGACUAGAUAGUCUGCUUGGCAGUGACCUUGGCGGGGGCAUUGGAGGAAGUCUGGCAGUGGGACAGUCCUUCAUCCCAUCAUCAGUGCCUGCAACCUUUGCUCCUUCAUCUACUCCUGCUGUGGUCAGCAGUGGUCUGAAUGACCUAUUUGAACUCUCCACGGGGAUAGGCAUGGCAUCUGGUGGAUAUGUGGCUCCUAAGGCUGUCUGGCUGCCUGCAGUAAAUGCUAAGGGCCUGGAGAUUCCGGGAAUACUUACUCACCGCCAAGGGCACAUCUAUAUGGAAAUGAACUUCACCAGCAAAGCUCUGCAGCACAUGACAGACUUUGCAAUUCAGUUUAACAAGAAUAGCUUUGGUGUCAUCCCCAGCACUCCUCUGGCCAUCCAUACACCACUGAUGCCAAACCAGAGCAUUGAUGUCUCCCUGCCUCUCAACACCUUGGGCCAAGUCAUGAAGAUGGAGCCUCUGAACAACCUGCAGGUUAGACUUUUACUUCACUCAGGGGGUACAGGUUUAUGUCUUGCCAAUGUUAUCUGUAAAGCAACCCCUCUCUUUCUUAUAUUAGAUUUGGUCAUGGAAUAGGCUUUGAAAUAAAUCUGUGGAGAAGACUUUUAUUUUUCAUUAAAAAUACACACAGAAGUCAUGCCUUGACACAAAGUUAUUUUCUUUUUACUCAACAAACAAACGUCUCAAGGUGUUAUGUACAAACUUUUUUUUUCCUAAGACUUUCAUAGGGAAUUUGAAUGUCACAAGAAUAGAUUUCAGUAGAGCUGUGUGGAGGUCGUCUUUGAAUACACAGCCAUAAAUAGUUGGGCUAUCUGCAUUUAAAUAGAUAAGUGUGUGGUAAGUGUAGCAGCAUGUUAGAGGAGCUCAGAACUUUAUGAAGUUUCUAAGAGCCUCUCCAUCUUGAAAAUAUUGACUUUUUAGAAUGCUUAAGGUCCUAGCUUAGAGUAUCGUUUCGUUUUCACCACUUUGAAUUUCUCUUUGAAAUAUAAGCCUUCUGGGGUUCGAGCAACAUGAAGGCAGAGUAGUAAGCAUGUAAGCUGAAGCUGUAGCAACCCUCAAGGGAUAAAAUACAGAUAUAAGCCCAAGAAGUUGAGGGUUUUAAUGCUCACAAGGACAGAAGAGACCACCUUGGGCUGACCUGAGAUGGGGAAUUGUAACUGAUCCCUGCACAAAGCUGAGAGCCUGGAAGGGCAAGUCCCUCAAUGAAAGGGGAACUAGAAAAAGAUUUCCACAGGGGCAAGUGAUGAGAGAGUUCUCUUUGACCUGGGUUCUGGGCGACCUCUUGUGAGAAAUCCAGGGCCGGAAUUUAUACUGUGUACGUGAAGAAUUCUCCAAACCAGUAAAUUAAUGUAAAAUUGGACCAGAACUGGUGAAACCCAGGGUACCUGGCAGAAGCAAAUGCAAAAUGGCCUUUAUGCAAUGGUUUUGAACUUUAAGGCCAUCAGGACUCCCAUCUGAGAAGAAAAUCUCUACUGAAAGUCAGCUCACAAUUUAACCAAAAAAAAAACAAGAGGCACCAAAAAAAAAAAAAAGAGGGAGAGGUGCACUGUGACUGACAGAAGAUGCGACAACAAGAGGGAAAGGUGCACUGUGACUGACAGAAGAUGCGACAAAGAGGAUUGCUAUCCCCUUCUAUCGAGAACUUGAAAUGAUAGAAUAGUACGAAUGAGACUAUAAAAUAUGUUUUAAAUGAUGAGCAAAAAAUUUCAACCUUCCACUUUCCAAACAAGACAGGUAGGAUCCCAUUGCUCAAUCUCCUGGAAAUACCAGUGUGGGAUACUAGUACUUAUGGUGAGACAUCAGCAAUAAAAUUACUUAAAGUACCAGUGCACCAAGCCUGCUUGCCAGUUGACUAACUACCUUGCUGCCUCAGCAGUUGACUGCUUCUUUCUCAGCAAAGGGUGUAAUGAUUUAGAGUGACAAUGAGUGAGUCACAGUAUAACUUGGCUCAGUCUAGAAGAACAAAACAAGGAUUUCUGUGCAGAAGGAAUUGGCUCUGUUGCUAUAAUGAGACUAAUGUGUUAAGGGGCUUUUCCAGCACAGAAUCCUAAAAGAAACUAACUCAAAUUUACAUCUCCUCUCUUUUCAUUGAAAUCUAACCUCCUGUUGGCCCGCAGAUCCUCAAGCCAAAUAUUUGAGGACAGUCAGCAUGGGUACGAGAAUGCUUUACUUUAGAAUUAGGAAAGGGAAUUUGGGUCACAGAAAUGAGGGCAAAUUUCCUACUCUUAAAACCAAAAGGAAACAGUAAAUAAAUAAAUGUCAGUUGACUUCCCUAUUUGCAUUUCCAUUUCACAUUCAGUGAAAUGAACAUCCCAAAUAGGAACCCUCAUAAAAGAAAUUGAAUCUUAGUCCAAACCCCUCCCUCAAAAGUAUUGUUAUCAUAUUAGGACUAGCAAGUUUUCAGUUUCACAAACGUGACAUUAUAAAAAACAAUAUUAAAAAUUUUCUAUCUAAGCAGAAUGUAAUAAAGCAGUUUCCAUCUGUAGUCAACUAUUGAUUCUCCAUGUUUUCUCCAUGGAUUCUUUUCUUGCAGGGAUGUCAUAAUAAUGGGUAUUUUCUCAUUAAUUGGUAUUGCCCAAUGGAGAAGAUAAGCAAAAACUUGAAAAGAGGUGAAGUUUUUUUCCCCCCGCUGUGAGCAGCUCUAUUUAAUGUCUGCUAGUGCAAGGUGAAACUAAUGACUAGCUUAAAGUGGUGGGCUACUUUAGAUUUCAACUUCCAUUCUGCUCUUGUCCUAGUAUGAACAAAAAGAAUCAGAUCUUAACUUCAGCAAGCUUAGACCAUAAAGAUCCAGAUAAAGCCAGGUAAAGAUUGAUUGGCAUUUAAAUGUUAUGCAAACAUAAUGUUUAAAUUCAAGAGCUCAUGCAGGAAAAAUUAGUACUUUUCUAGUACUCCAGACCAUAAAAUCAGGAAAGAAAAAAUGGGGGUUUAGGAAAUGAAAUUUUGAAAGCAGUGUGAGUUUUAUCUAUUUUGGCUAAUCUGAUAUCAACGUAGGACAGAUAAAUCAAACCUAGUCGCCAAAACUGUAAUGUAACAUUUAGUACAAAAACUUUUCAUUAAAAACAUCAUCAGACUACUUAUUGGCUUAUAGUCUUUUUGAAACAUUAUUGAAAGACACUGUUCCCUCUUAAAAUGUAAAAUAGGUUAUACCUUAGAUACCUACUAGAAAUUUGACCUAGAAAAUUUUUUCAGCUGUACUAAUAAUGUUGGUUGUAAAAGCCUUUGUGAAUUCAACUUAUCAAUAUUACACAAAGUAAAGCUUAGCUUGCCCCCGUUGGGAGCUUCUCUUGAGUUUAUUUAUAUCAUAUAAUUAUAUUCCUUAAAAAGAAAAGAGAAUUGAUCCCCUCUAUUUAAAUAAAACAAAAACCUUAACAAAUG